AUGUCAAAUCUUAAAACAUUAGAUGCAGUAACAGGUAAACAUGAUAACUAUGCUUGGGUUUCUAUAUUUAACGAACUUUUUGACAGCAAAUAUACAACUUUACAUCAAUUGACUGGUUGGUUCGAUAUUGAAGACUCAGAAAUAUGGGAAAAAUAUGUCUUAGAUAUCGUACAGAAAUAUAUCAAUGAAGGUCAUUACAUAUUUGAAGCUGGAUGUGGCUGCGGAGCGAUACUUGACCCCAUCCAAAAACACUUUAAAAAUGUCACUAUUUCAGGAGUUGAUGGGUCCGAUAGGGCCAUACAACAUUUACGACGUCAUGUAGCAGUAAAUACAAACAAUAAUAACUUUUUUGUGGGUACGAUCCCAUAUGCAUUGUCUGUUAUAGAAUCUGGACAAUAUGAUGUCACUAUUUCGCAUAGCGUUUUCCAGUACAUAUCAAAACAAAAUGCGCUACUUACUGUUGAUGAAAUGUUACGCAUAACUAAACCUGGAGGUGUAGUUAUCAUUGGUGAUAUAUGCAAUGAAGAUUAUAAGGAAGAUACAGAGUUUGCUAUGAAGCAACAUUGGGGAGAAGAUUAUCAAUCAAAACUUCCAGGAUAUCUCUAUUUACCUAAAAGUUUUUGGAAAUGUUACGAGGACAGAUGCGAUGUAAUUGUUUGCAACUCAUCUGUAGAAGAAUAUUGGCGCAAAAAGUCUCG